AUGCCGGUGACCUUCGAGGAGGUGGCUGUGUAUUUCACCCAGGGGCAGGGGGCUCUGCUGGACCCCGCUCAGAGAGCCCUCUACAGGGACGUCAUGCAGGAGAACUACGAGACGGUGACCUCGCUGGGAUUUCCCAUUCCCAAACCUGACCUGAUCACCCGGCUGGACCGAGGAGAAGAGCCGUGGGUCUCGGAUCUCCAGGCCGAUGAGGAAAGGGAGAGCCCGAGAGACACCCGCACAGCAGGUGAUAGGACAGCGAGUGUGAAGAAGGAGGAGAAUCAGCAGCAGGAAGGUCCUGAGCAAGUGGAAGCGCAGGAGAGGUUUUUGAGCAGAGCUGAAGGGAAUUUUUCCCAGUGCUUGGAACAAGGAAAUGCCUGGGGAGAUCGACACCGAUCAGAGAUGCAGCUGGGAAACUAUCCUGGGAAGAAACUUGAUGAAUCUGUUCAAGGUGGUGGAAGAUGCAAGAAUCCCAAGGAAACCACAAUCCAGCAGACAAGUCACAAUGAAGAAAAACCCUACAAAUGCCUUGAGUGUGGGAAAAGUUUCCGUGUCAGUACAUUCCUUCUCAGACAUUGGAGAACCCACACAGGAGAGAAGUCCUAUCAAUGCAGAAACUGUGGGAGAAGCUUCAGUGAGAAGUCAAGCUUUAUUGUGCACCAGAGACUGCACACAGGAGAGAAACCCUAUCAAUGCCGCCUUGAGUAUGGGAAAGGUUUUAGUCAGAGGUCACCACUUAUGGCACAUCACAGAUCCCACACAGGAGAGAAGCCCUAUAAAUGCUUAGACUGUGGGAAAAGCUUCGGUAUAAAAACACAUCUUGUUAGACACCAGAGAGUACACACAGGAGAGAAACCAAAUAAGUGCCUUCAAUGUGGGAAAAGUUUCAGUCAGAGUUCAAACCUUACUGUACAUCAGACACUGCACACGGGCGAGAGACCAUAUAGAUGUUGUGAGUGUGGAAAAAGUUAUAGCAAAAGUUCAUCUCUUAUUCAACAUGCGAGAAUCCACACGGGAGAAAGGCCAUAUAAAUGCCUUGACUGUGGGAAAGGUUUUAUCGAAAGUUCAUCCCUUAUUCAACAUGGGAGAAUCCACACAGGAGAAAGACCUUAUAAAUGCCUUGAGUGUGGGAAAAGUUUCAGUUUGAAAUCAACCCUUAAUUCACAUCAGAAAACCCACUCAGGUGAGAAACCCCAUAAAUGCCUGGACUGUGGGAAAGCUUUCACUCUGCGCUCACACCUUAAUAAACAUAGGAAGAUCCACACGGGAGAGAGACCAUAUAAAUGCCUUCAGUGUGGUAGAGGUUUCAUUCAACACUCAAACUUUAUUAGACAUACAUGUCUGAAGACAAGAGAGAGACACUACAAAUGCCUUCAGUGUGAGAAACUUUUCAGUGCGAGAUCGGACCUUAUUAAACAUGAGAGAACCCACACUGACGAGAAACCAUAUAAAUGCUUGGACUGUGGGAAAACUUUUGGUCAGAGCUCAUACCUUACUAAACAUAGGAAAAUCCACACAGGAGAGAGACCUAAUAAAUGUUUUGAGUGUGGGAAAAGUUUCAUUUAUCAAUCAGACCUUAUUAAGCAUCAGAGAAUCCACACAGGUGACAAACCCUAUAAAUGCCUCCACUGUGGGAAAAGUUUUGUUGAUACAACAAAACUUACCAGACAUCAGGCAAUCCACACAGGAGAGCAAUCGCUUAAAUGCUUGGACUGUGGGAAAAGCUUCAUUUGGAAAUCACAACUUACUAUACACCAGAGAGUGCACACCGGAGAUAGACCCUUUAAAUGCUUUGAGUGUGGGAAAAGUUUUAGUCAGAAGUCACAUCUUACUACACAUAUAAGAACCCACACAGGAGAGAGACCUUAUAAAUGCCAGGAGUGUGGGAAAAGUUUUGUUUAUAACUCAAAGCUUACUACGCAUCAGAGAACCCACACGGGAGAGAGACCCUAUGGAUGCCUUGAGUGUGGGAAAAGUUUUAUUCAGAAGUCACAUCUUACUAUACACCAGAAAGUUCACACAAGAGAGAGACCCUAUGGAUGCCUUGAGUGUGGGAAGAGUUUUAUGGAAAGUUCAUCCCUUAUUAAACAUGGGAGAAUCCACACAGGAGAAAGACCCUAUAAAUGCCUGGACUGUGGGAAAACUUUCAGUCAAAACUCAAACCUUACUCAACAUAGGAGAAUCCAUGCAGGAGAAAGACCCUAUAAAUGCCUUGAGUGUGGGAAAAGUUUCAUUCAGCACUCAGUCUUUAUUAAGCAUCAGAGAAUCCACACUGGUGACAAACCCUAUAAAUGCCUUGACUGUGGGAAAAGUUUUAUUGAGAAAUCAUAUUUUACUAUACACCAGAGAGUUCACACAGGAGAGAGACCCUUUAAAUGCCUUAAGUGUGGGAAAAGUUUUAUUCAGAAAUCAUAUUUUACUAUACACCAGAGAGUUCACACAGGAGAGAGACCCUUUAAAUGCCUUAAGUGUGGGAAAAGUUUUAGUCAAAGUUCAUCCCUUACUAAACAUGGGAGAAUCCACACAGGAGAAAGACCCUAUAAAUGUCUUGAGUGUGGGAAAAGUUUCAGUUUGAAAUCAACCCUUAAUACACAUCACAAAGCUCACACAGGAGAGAAACCCCAUAAAUGCCUGGAAUGUGGGAAAACUUUUAUUCUGCGCUCACACCUUACUAAACAUGGGAGAAUCCACAUGGGAGAGAGACCUUAUAAAUGCCUUGACUGUGGGGAAAGCUUCAAUAGGAGUUCAGAGCUGACCAAACACCAGAAAAUCCACAAAGGUCAGAGACCCUAGAAAUAGUUUGACCACAGGAAAAGAUUCAAUUUGACUUCACACAUCAGUGACCCACACAACAGAGAAACCUUGAAUGUGGGGGAAGCUUCAUUUGGUGUUUCCGGAAUAUCAGGGAUCCACAAAUCCGCACAGGGAAGAAACAUCUGAGACGUUCUUAGUGUGGAAAAUGCUCCAAGUGGAGCUAACCCUACAUUGGACAUAAGAGACUCCUCCAUACAGCAGGGAAAUUCUCUGAGUGCCCUGACUAGGGCUGGCCAUGAUGACAAACCUAUUUCCUCGUUCCCACACACAUCAGGGGUGUUUGGCUCCCAAGGAUCCAGCAGCAGCUGGUCAGUGACCCUCUGGCUCUGCCUGGUCUAAGCAAACCCCAGGCAGAGGAGGAGAAGCCCCCAUCAGCCCCUCCCCCCUGCUUCAGCCCUGGCUGCUGAGCUGAUGGGCCAAAGGCGGGGGAAGGAAGAGAGAGAAACUCCUUCGGACGCUCCCUGUUUGGCUGAAGUUCCCCCCCCCCCUCUUCCUUCCCCUCCCAACCGGGAUCUCCCUGUCAUGGAGAGGAGGAGAAGGACACUUGGGCCAGGCCCCAUCUUCACUCUAAGCACUGGUCCCCACCCCCCAUCUUCUUCCACUCCCUGGGCUGGGCUCCCCCACUGACCUGGAGCUGUUCCCUGCAGGGGGAGUGCCCCCGGGGGCUGGUAACUCCUCCCCUCCCCGAAUCCCCCAGGGCGCUGGGCUCUGGGGGGUCAAAUAUUGAGGGAGCAGGAGGAUGGGUUCUGGGGAGGGAACUGGGAUCUAAUGGUUGGGGCUGGUGGAUCUGGGAAGCAGGAGGAGCUGGGUGCUGGGGUAUUGGGGAUGAUGGGAUAAGAGGCGAGGGAGAGCACAGGGGCAGAGAAGUGCUGCCUCUCAUCACUCACCCCUUCUGCCCCAUCUGCAUUCAGACAGCACCACUGAGAGGGGCUGAUUCCUACAGAGCCAUUUGGGGAAGGCCGAGAGAUCCCACCUGUGCUUCCAAGCAUCUGUCUAUGGUAGGAAAUGUGGUCGGGAUUAGCCAGCGCAUCUCUGUGACCCUCCACCAGAUUUCCUAGUGUAACCUCACCCUGAGCAUCUUAUGUGUAAGGCUAACGUUUUGUCAUGGAUAUUUUUAAGAAAAGUCAUGGACAGGUGACAGGCAAUAAAGAAAUAUUCACGGCAGCCCAUGACCUGUCUGUGACAUUUACUAAUAAUAUCCGUGACAAAAUGGGGUGGGAAAAAGCUGCAACACCCAUUGCUGGGGCUCUGGGGUCCUGUGGCAGCUGGGCAGAUGUGGGGGCCCUGGCUGGGAGCUGCAUAGGCCCCCUGCCACCCGUGGCUCAGAGCUCUGGGACCCCAGCCCCCACGACGACCCAGAGCUGGAGGCCACCCCUGAGAGCCAGGUGCUGCGGUGUACCCCCAUAGCCUGCAGCAGCUCAGAGCUCCGGGGGGCAGCUGUCAGAUACUGCGGGCAGCAGGGGUCCCCCUGCUGCUCAGAGCCGCCAUGGGCUGAAGUCACAGAGGUCUCCGGAAGUCACAGAUUCCGUGACUUCCAUUACCUCCGUAAAAACACUGAAGCCUCACUUCUGUGUUCUGACUCCCUCCCAUUAGCAGAGUGACCCUUAGUCCCUGAGUUCCCCCUGUGGGCCUGGAUGGUUCAUUCCCAGAUAGUCUCACAUUACUCCGGGCCCUGCUGAACAGCAUUUAGUGUUUGUACAUUUUCUGCCUUAUGCACCAGUAUUAACGAGAUGCUAAAAACGUGGGAGAAGAGACAGUAAAAUGUGGUGUUACCUUCUGUGCUAUUGCAGGGCGAUAUGGUGAGUCUGAGGGUUUCCCUCCUUCCCCCAUCACUGUCACCCUCCACUCUGCAGCCUCCGUGCAACUGAUGGAGAGUUUUAUCCUGUUACUGUUCUACCCCUUCACCUCCCAAGGUGUCACUGACCACCGUGUCCCUGGCUCUCCAUGCUUAGGAAUCACAGUUCUGAUGUCUGUGAUCCUAAGUGAGACUCCAGAGGACUGGAGAAGGAAGUCUUACAGAUCUGGGAGGGGGCGGGGAAAUCCCAUUGACUCUAAAGCAUAGUUUGACACUUCAGAUCUUUUAGAGUAGUAGCCGUGUUAGUCCGCAACCUUAGAAACUAACACAUUUAUUGUAGCAUAAACUUUCGUGGGCUACAGCCCGCUUCAUCGGAUGCAUGUAGUGGAAAAUAGAGAAGGAAGAUAUAUAC